AUGGUAGUGGAUCUUCCCGACUGCACCUUCAACGGCAUCAACAACAAACACAAGGUGCAGAAUGCGCUCGCAACUUGUAAUGCUGUCUCCUUUAGGAAUGCAGAUUCAACGAAAGUGGGCUCACUGAAUACAGACUCGAUGACUGCAGGCUCAUCGAGUGCAGGAUCCCUGAAUGCAGGAUCACUGAAUGCAGACUCAUCGAGUGCUGGCUUACUAUAUGCGGGCUCAGUGACUGCAGGAUCAUUGCCUGCAGGCUCAUCGACUCCAUGCACAUCGAGUCCAAGCUUGCAGUAUGCAGACUCAACGAGUGCAACCUCAAUGACUGCAGAAUCGUUGACUCCAGACCCAUUGACUGCAGAAUCGUUGACUCCAGGCCCAUUGGAUGCAGGAUCAUUGGAUGCUAGUUCACUAACUCCAGGCAUGAAGAGUGCAGACUCAAUGCGUUCAGGCCCAUUGACUCCAGGCCCAUUGACCGCAGGCUCAACGAGUGCAGGCUUACUGUAUACGGGCUCAAUGACUGCAGGUUCACCGAAGGCAGACUCAAUGACUGCAGGCUCAUUGACUGAAGGCUUUCCGUAUGCAGACUCAACGAGUGCCGGUUCAUCGAAUGCAGCCGCACUGAAUGCAGGUUCGCCGGCAUCGGCAUUCAGUGACACGUCGGCGUCGUCUGGUCCCCAGGGUCCAAGCUCGACUUCUGAUGUGAUUGCGCCUUCGAGCGCCCCAUUGUCAAGCCCGGCAAUGGCUUCUGUGGGAUCUGCUGUGAGCUGCUCGAUGACAGAGGCAAAGAACACGAGGGAUCUAUUCGUUUCGACCGCGAAGAGCGACGAGUGUACUGAUACUUCCACUAUCGGUCGGUCGAGUGUCACAAUCUCGACGCCGUGCGAUUCCGACUGCGCUCGAUCUCUCGAGACAAUGGCAGACAGACUCCCGAAUUGUAACUACGGCUACGAUUCCGUGAACAAGAAAGAGUAUGUACUGGAUCAGCUCGACAACGGGUGCACCGGAGCUUCAAAGUUUGUCAGCGUUGUGCUCGGAUCGGACAGCAGCCUGAAACGUCCGUCCUCUGGCUCAAGGGCUGCGUCGCCAUCCAGUUCGUCCGGAUCAAAGCCCUUCGAUUCAGACAAUGGGCGCUCCGAUGAAGUGUCGGCAUCGUCAAGCUCUGCGACAGGGAGCAGCAGAACGAGCGGAAGUGCACCUUUCGACGGCCAGCUGCAUCUUUGGACCGUCAUUUGGAUCGGCAUUGUCGUGGCGUGCGCGAGCUAG